CCCUCGUGUAAUAUGCAUUAUUGUAAUUUGUUAUCGCAAUGUCUCCUAUGUUGAUUGUGGAUGAUUCUUUUACUUUGUGUUUAGAACUUCUAUCCCUGGACCGUCACCAAUUGGCCCUGUCGCAUCAGUAACGUCAAAUUUUAAUGUUCCAAAAGUCAUAUCUCAUGUUGGUCCAACCCCUGGACUAGGUAGGGUAUUGUUAUGCAAACUGUGCAUUAUGCCCCGUAUAGACGUUUUAUUUGUUCGUGUGUACGGCAGAAGAUUGACAGUUUUCCCUUGCAUGCUAAGGAGUCUUAUUCCAAAGCCAGUCAAAGGAAAAUUUGUUCGUGUGCACGGGAAAUACAUACAAGAAAUACUUAUGUUUUUCGCGAACAAAAGGCGGUCUUGACGUGAGAUAAAUUAGUCGAACGUUUAGCAACAUUCCGUGCACACGAGCAACAAAAAUUGUCAAGGAAAACUUGUUGACCGUAUACACACAAGAAGAUGUCAAGUAAAAUGUACUCAUCUGUGUGGGGUUUUGGCUCCCUAGAUUUUAUAGAAAUGUUGAAAAUGCAUAAUUUAGAUCAACUCUUUGAAGAGAUGUUGUUUGCUAGAAAUAAAAAAGUGUACACCAUAUAUACAGCGACAAUCAAACAAUUGGUCACAUAGGUGACGUCACCACUGUUGCUAUGACAACAAUGACGAUUCAAGAUGGCCGAUAUUUUGGCUUAAAAAAUUAACACUUUACUUAAAAAGACGCCUGGUUACCCCCAUUUUUUAUUUCAGAAAACAUUUUCUUGUAGUACAAGAGCCACCUUAAUUACAAUUUCAGCCAGUUUUGUCUGAGCAUAAGACAAUGAACUUGCUACCAAGAAGCAUUUCUCGUUUUUAGGUCCACUAUAUUCGCAGCCUUCGCCUGUAUCGUUUGCUACGAGGCCUCCUCAGGUAUUAAACUAGUUAUAGUCUUCAAAAUACUCGUUACUAAAGUAACGCGUUACUAAUUACUUUUUGAGUAUUUUUUUCGUUAAUUACUUGUUGUACGAAAGUAAUUUUGUAACAUAAGGUAACGAGUAACAUUUUCUAGAAAGUAAUUUGCGUUACUUCUAUGUGCUUUCUCCGACCUUACCAUAUCAAUACCUUUUCACAGAAGGAAAAGCAUUGAAAUUGAGUGUCUGGCAUAGAGGGUUAACUAGUUUUGCGAUUGCACAGAAAUUGUCCUACUCAAAUUAAGUAACAAAUUCAUCGCAUACCAGUUGAAUUAUACGACUUGUUUUGUACCUAAGAAAACAGUAAUCUGACAUGUAAUUAGCAACCAAUUACACGUAAUUUUCAAACAAUGAAUUAUUAUAUUGACUCAAAAGUAUCCCACAAUGCAAAAGAACUCUGUUUUAAAAAUUGCGUGACAUAAGCACUUCUAAGGAUUUUGAAUGUAAGAUUUAAAAAAAAAACUCUUUAUGGGACUCCCUUUGCCAGUUUCUAUAUCUACAGUAUUUUCCUUUCUUUCUGCAAUACAAACCAUACCCGACUUCUAAAGCCAAACUGUACGUGUCUCGGUCUAAAACUAUUGUACACCCCUUUCUUUAGUUACAGGACCAUACCCGACUUCUAAAGCCAAGCAAUAUCGUAUCAUCUGUAUCGUUCGGAGGUCAUACAGGAACACUGCCUGCCACUGUUGUCUCCGCUCCAGCAGGUUUGCAAACUUUUAACAUGAUACAUGGAAAGCUACCUAAAAUUAUUUCAUGUCCUUCGAUAUGUGAAUUAAAACAUAUAGGGUGGACUUGAUUCAAGUCCACCUCAGGAGAAAAGUAGGGAGAGACGGACUUGGGACAUUUGCAGCAUUUCGAAUGUUACUUGCAAAAAUUGCCGCGAAAAUUUGUUGUUUUCAACUCGCAAGCCACGCCUCCUUGUGAAAAAUCCGACGGUAAAUUUUGGCGCGAUUGCGUCCAAGUUCGUCUCUCCCUACUUUUCUAUCAUAUUUUCGUGCCUUUUUUUCACCACUCGUGUGCAUUCAUACAACCUCUUGAGAGGACUUGAACCAAGUCUACAUCUAGGUUGAAGAUUGUGCCCAAUGUGCAUUGUAAGCUUGACUAUGUUAGCAACAACGUUUUUAUAUUUGAAAGGACAAUCACGAGUAAAGCUUGCAGCCUUCACUAUAGGUGCAUGACUUUCUUCAGGCUGCAGUUCAGUGCACACGGAGGGCAUUUAGAAAAGGAAUCUACCUCAUUAGAAUCUGAUUGUUUGCCCUAUAUCUGCAUGUGUGUUAAAGUUACGGGGCACGCUGGUCAAAGUUAGUGAAAUUUCUCACACUCGUGCGGGCUCGUAUUGUCUGUGGACAUCUUACACAAAAUGGCUAGUUCAGUUUCACCGCGAGUCUGCUGCAAAAUGCGAGCCAGCGGGGCACUGGGAGAAAAUUUGCUGAAUAUGGCCGGCGUGUGGGGGAUUGCUUGAAACCCAACUAUAUGCACAUUUCGCCCAACCUACUCGUAUCUAUUUUUUAUUUAAUAUAUAGUGGGACCAAACGCAAGAUUAGAUGGUAGCAGGUAAAUAAGUAUUGUAUCGUAGAAUUGUUUUGUGGAACACAGGUCUUCUAUGUUCAUCUUCAAUUUUAAAACUUAGGUUGUAAUAUAGCUUUCUUUUUGUUCAGACCAAUUCCAGUGUCAUUUUCGCGAAUGCCAACAUACUUCGACGGCCAUACAGGUACGUGUUUGUAUAUAUAUAUAUAUAUAAUUUCGCUUACCUCAAAAUUCCGCAACAGUCUGUUUCAUCAGUAAAGAAUCAUCAGGCGGUAUCUGAUGAAACAGACUGUUGCGGAAUAUAUAUAUAUAUAUAUAUAUAUAUAUAUAUAUAUAUAUAUAUAUAUAUAUAUAUAUAUAUAUAUAUAUAUAUAUAUAUAUAUAUAUAUAUAUAUAUAUAAGAAAAUAGAUUUUUGCUUAUCGAGAUCAUGUAUAUAUCUCAAUUGCAGUUUCGUCUCUACAACCCCCAAUCAAGUCGUAUGCUCCGAUUGAAUCUGUUGUCCGUAAACCAACGACCAUUGCUCAAGUACCAGCUAGUCAUGUGACAACUGGUAUUAAUUCAGUACAACUAAUGACGUCACAUAAUCCUACUGCGUCAGUUGCUGUUGUUAACAUGGGUAAGUAUAUAUCAUCUUUAUUUACAAUAAUCUCUUUAGUAUGGAAACUUAUUUACAGGACGGGUGUACUUCCUAACUACUACAAAGUAUACAUUACCAGGGAUUUAUACAAGCACUUUCCCACUACCGGUAUACGGCAGUCAAAGUUAACAAGAAGAACGAAACCAUUACCAUAGCUGGAAAGAGCAUCUUAAAAUAAGUAAAAUUGCAAAGUUUGGUUGCGAAUUGUUGUAAAAUGCGGAAAAUAUAGCCCUGUGCAGUUCGCACAUUUGUUAUAUAUUUGCAUUACGCGCGAGAAAAAUAACCAUUUUUGAGCCGAAAGUGGAGACAAAACCCCACAUCAGACCUUUUAAGUUCUAACACUACAGUAUUUCCUAUGCUUUUAGGUGUUCCAUUUACGAACUCUGAAGCAAGCAAUGAAAAUACAGCAAUUUAUAACAAUUCAUCACACUCGAACUCGGGCAGUAUUUUUAGUGUUCAGAAUAUGUUGUCGACAACGCCUUCGUCUGCUCAAAAUAUUCCGUCAUCUACCACUUCAUUAUCACCGAGACCCAGUAUUCUAAGGAAAAGACAAGAAAUGUAAGUUUUAUCUACAUGUAUAUGUUGUCUGGUAAUGUCUUCAUUUAAUUUUUGGGCAUCUCACUCGAUUUAACUAACGUUGAAGGAUUGCAUGUGGCAAUGAAUUAGCCUUUCUCACGCCGCCAUUUUUGGGGCGGCAACCUUUUUAGAACAGGGAUAGGAAGCAGUGAAAAGUGAAACUUUCUAUAACUAUAGUUGUAAAUAUAAUAUUAUAAAUCGAUUUGCGGUUAAAUAUUUGAAAACUUAUUUUUACAUCGCUUAGAUUUUUCACGUUGUUUAUAAAAUGGUAGUACCCAAAAAUGGUGGAUUUAGAUUUUUCUGAGAAAAGCUAUUUUGCUUCUGCAUAAUUUAGCAAAGUUUAGUUAUGUUCUGGAGUGGGCAUAGGCCAAAUAAUAGUGUCAUAGUGAUGUAAACCAACACAACAUUUCUAAGAACGCAGUAAUACAUUUUAUCAUUAAUAUGUUAUAGUACGGUAUUUGCACAUGACGUCACAGCCGCCAUGUUGGUGUUCCAAUUGAAAAGAAUUUGAAUUGGACUCUUUUGUCUGGAACACCAACAUGGCCGCCAUGUCUUUCGUUGAGUUGGUCCCUGGGGAAUGAGUGCAAACGCUGUAUUAUACCUAUAUACAAAAAUCAUGGAGCUUUCUCGUUUGUUUGUCAUUCCCGAGUGGAAUGGAAAAUUUCAUCUGUCACCGAAUGAAAAUAUUCUUACGAUUGCUACCAUUGCUAAAAACAGUAUCUUCCGCUAUAAAAAGUGCUUUUCUUCGCUUAAUCUCAGAAAAUGGUCAAAUACAGUACGAGCACACGCUGUGUAUGAAAAAAUUUUAGUUCCAGUGGCGGACAUUUUGCGAAAUAUUGCAUGAGGUGGGGAAUUUAAUUUCAUGCAAAUAUGCAUAUUUUUUAACUUACCAAUUGAACAUUUUCAUGGUUGUGAAAUUAGACUGAUUUUGAAAACACGACGCGAACUGAAAGACGCGCCUUCGAAAAAAAAAAUUCUUCAUGCAAAACAAAAAGUUUGAAUAAUUUGUGGUCCCAGGGGUAUAUUCAACAACUAUGAAAAGAACACGUCAUUGGAGCAACGUGAAUGCUUGUUGCGACGUUGGAGGAGUUACAUAAGAUCUUCCUCAUAGCAGACACUGGAGAAGUGGUGUUUACAAUAUAUUGUACUUCAUUCCACAUUAUCCUGUAUUGACGCAGCUAGGAUUUAUAUUCUCAGUUAAGCAAUCGUCUGUCGAGAAAAUUGGGACUCCGUCGCUUUGUGGCCCCCAUUUGAGUUGAGGGCCCGGGGCAGCUUUGUUACACAGCCACCGCCAGUGUAUAGUUACAGUAUCUUGCUCGCGUGUCGACGCUAAACGUUGCACGAAGCGAAUAGGUCUGUUCACCUGGUAACUGAUAUCAAAUUGAGGCUUUUCUACCUUUCUAUCUUUUAUCACUGUAUGAAAUAAAGUUAAGGCAAAAUCUGUAUUACAUUUUAAUGUUUUUUGUUGUUGUUUUUUCUUUUUGCUGAUGUUACUCUGAGUGUCUUCACGGCCGGGCAAACUGAAAAAAUAGAGACCUUCGAUUUAGGACGGCAACGCCGGCUACCAAUAUGUACAAUAAAUCAUUAAAAAGAAUUGAAUAAUUACAAUAUAUGAAUAAUUUAGACAUUGUCCUUCGCUUUGUUUACAACGCCAAAUCACAGAUUUUCACGUCUUGAUACAACGGCUGCAUUUCAAGCCGCAACCGAUUGCAACUUCAAAGUUCAAACUGGAUUCAGCAGAACUCUUCCCGACCAUAAAACCCAUGUCUUCAACUUCUAAGACUGUAUUAAAUUCAUACGAUUGAUAAUAUACGAUGAAUUAUUUUUACUAUCAUUUAUUUGAAGGAGUUUGUUUUGGCCGUCGUCGUCGCGUUGCCUUCAUAAAAUCGUAAGGUCUCUAAUUGCUUGACUGCUGUGGGAAUCGAACCCACGACUUUUGGCUUGUUAUAUAAUCCAACUCACAACCAACUGAGCUGCAAGAUCAAGCGAGUUCAACACCACGACCACCAUACAUUUUAAUGAUUUGUUUUAACCUUGCAGAUCAAGAAAACCUGUAAGCCAGCCAUCGUUAGGAGAUCCUAUGGUCUUAGUUCCUGCAAAUGAUAUUUCUGGUAGUCCACGACCAGACGGAACUUUAUCCGCCUCACAUUCUAGACAGAACUCUCCGAAAAGGUAGGUACAGUAUUAUACAGCUACGAUUCGAUAUAGUAUUUAAAAGUAUGUACUCGAUAAUAUGGCAAUGAAUUGUUUGAACACAAAGCAUUUGCUGUGAACGGUCGGCAAUAGGCUAUUUGCCGAACAAAAACGCUAAAUGGCCGAUUAAUUUUAUUCUGCACCGUCAUUUUGACCGAUCAAAUAAAUUAAAAGUAUAUUAUAAUAACUUUGGCGGGCAUUGUGGCCUAUUUGCGGGCUAAAAUGAACAUAUUAGCGGGCUAAAACACAAAAUGGCUGUAAAAAUACAAAAAGAGAAGAUAUAUCUAUAGGAGAUAUAGCGUGAAGACUGUAUUGCAGUUAUGCUACUACAGUGUAUUUGCCGUUUAUUUGUUGUCUUUUAUACUAUAAUCGCCCUCUAAAGUUAUUGUAAGUAAUACAGUUGAUGAUUUUGGGCAUACAUAUGUGUGUUUUUGGCCCUUCUCAUGCAGAACUCAUUUUAACCCUCGUUAUACGCUCGGGCUAAAAUGUGUCUGAGUCAAAACAUAUUUGUGCCCGCGAACAUCAACUCUAUUGUUAUAUUUGAGUAGUAUACUGUUCAAAACGCAUAACAACAAGAGAAGGAACCAGAAACUGAUCAGAAAGUGAUCAGCUCAUGCAAGCUGUGAAUGUGAAUCCAUGUUAUAUUGAAAACCUGGCCGACCAUUAUCCGAGCGACUGUACAGUUGGUCAGAUAUUCUUCAGAUCCAAGCGAAAUUGUUAUAAUCCACACUGUGGAAGUGUAUACCGAAUUGAACUUUUUUAUUCACCAUAAUAAUUUUCCAACCACCUUGUUGCUGCACGUUUGACUUCUCAAACCUUUCUUAUCACAAUCACUCAAAUUAAAAUAUAUAAUGCUUUCAUGGUUGAAAAAACUUUGUCACAACUUCUGAGUGUCUUUUUUAAUCGGCAAUCUGUCGGAGACCUCUGGAAAAUAUUGGGUCCCCAGGGGGCUUUGCACCAUAAUUUCGCCACUGAUUGUAUUAUACUUAGUAUAAAGUAAUAAGAAUUAUUUGGUUAUUUGCUAAUUUUGUCAUAUUUACACCCUGCUUGAACAACACAACAUGCUCAGUGCAACGUUUUUGUGGUUGGCAAUAAGCUGUUAUUAGUUGGACCAAAGAUUGUAAGCAGGAAGAAGCAGUCGCAAAAAAAUUGUUUACAAAUACAACAGUACACAAAAAAGUGCUUGUUGUUGAAGAAGUGUUCAUCCCCCCUCCUCGAUCGCUUUAAAAUUAAUGUAACAGAAAUUUUAUAUUUCACAUAAUACAGUGAAAGUUCCAUUCAAAGCUUGGAACAACCUCAAAAGACUUUAGAGAACGGGCCAAGUCAUCCAUCAAUAUUGUCUCCAUCUAAAAUUAAACGAGAAUUUUUAUCACCCUCGUCAACACCUCCGAUGCCAGUGCCUGCUGUCAAUACCGUGUCCUUGUCGGCGGUUCCUCCCCAUGAUGCAGGCGCGUCACCAAGGAAGAAACCACGGAAACAGAAUGUGUAAGUGAAAUUGCACCGACUCUAGUUAUUGUGAUGAAUGUCUUACUGUGUUAUUUUCAAUUUAUUUACUCCGUUCCACUAUUAUCAGUAAUUUAGGUGAAUUCACAGAAUAGGCCUUUUGCAACUGACCUAAUAGCACUUUGCAAAAUAAAGCAAUAUCGGGACUUUUGCUUACAAACCCCACAGCUCCCCGUGCUCUCCAGUCACUUAUUGUCAGGGCCACCGAGAGGUUGCGAGAGGCCGCCGAGAGUUGGCCUGGGGCAAAACUACGACGGUGUUUUACAAUAUAUUACACUUUAUUGCAUAUUAUCCAGCACAAACGCAGCUCGGAUUUAUGUUCUUAGUUAUUGGCGUGAUCUUAUUAUAACUGUACUAACACUAGUGGUGAAGUUAAUUUCUCUGUCUUUCUCUUGAUAGUAUCGCAACUGAAGAUAAGUUCAGCAGUGCUCCACUGCAGGUGCAGGAAGUAAACGAGAAGAAGAGUAUUGUCAAUGAUAAACUUGACCAAGAAGAUGGUUAGUGGCAUAGACGUCAAGUUUUGAAAGUAAAAUAUAUUUCAAUGAAAGUAAAGAAGAAUUUCAUAUCUAUGGUAGUCUAGGUUUAUGCAGACCUUGCCCUGAUGAAAACAAACGCGCUUGACAAAUAGCGUUUCUUUGUAACACAAGGGGCUUUUUUGGCGCAUCUACUAGCAGGUUUUCUUCAUGAAUGUGCACAAGAAAAAAUCGAUAACUUCCAUCAAGUUGCCAAACGUCGUAUUCUAUUAUCCGUGAGCAGAAAUUUAGCCAGGCGGCUGUCCAGCCGUCUUAUGGAUGCCUCCUUUGGAUUAGACAGUCACUUGGCCAUGGACGGCCUAGGAAAAUGUUUUCUUUAAAACAGCAAACUCGCAAGUUUUGUGAUGUUUCAUACCUAAAAGGUUAUUUAGUGCAUGCAUACGUUUCGAUAUUUAUCGAAUUGAUGCUAAAUUAUGAGCAUAUGACAAUUGAUUUUAAGCGCUAUGGUUUUUUAACACGUCCACGAAAAUAGGUUUCCACACCCACGGUAUUAUUUGGACACCAAAUUUUGACACUCUAGCUUAAAUAUUGUCUAUGAAUAAAGUGAGUUGUCGGGUUCAAUCUGCAUGAUAAUAUUCCCAUUUAUUUAUACAUUUAUAUGUUGAUUUAGAUGAAGAGUUGAAGUUUUUGAUGCUCAAAAGACGUUGUGUGUCCAUCUAUGGCGGUUAUAAAGUAAAUCACAAGGCUGCACAUAAUCACUUUCAAAGAUAUUCUGAUGUUAAAGCCAAAGGUAGGACAUCUAAAUUAACGCUUUUCGAGUGAAACCUGGUAGAAAGAAAAGUUAGUAACGGAAAUUUAGGCUGGAUUUCAAAAACGGUAGCUACUGUGUAGACGUCCGACCCUUUCAUCAAAUUAGGGAGUUUGAACAAGAGAACGAAUUACGACCACUUCAUGAUUACGACGAAGACGUACAAUCUGUGCAUUAUCUUGCGCAUAUUAAGUUUGGGAUCAGCGGUGUCAACGAAAACAGGUUAUAGAUUCAUGUCUCGCUGUUUAUGAAUGCUGAUCCUAAUCCUUACUCUGAUCCAGACAAUUUAAAACAGCGAGACAUGAAUCCAUAUCCCAUCUUGGUUCUUCUACCUUCGUUCAGAACGAAUAUUUUGGCAAAAUUCGUCGUGAACUUCAUUCUGAACGAAGGCAGAAGAACAAAGACAUAGUUUGUCCUGACAUAGUUUCAUGUCUCGCUGUUUUGCUUGGAUCAGGGUAAGGAUUACGAUCAGUAUUAAGAAACAGCGAGACAUGAAUCUGUAACGGAGAGAUAUUAUAUAUGCCCGACAUAUAAAAAUUGCUAUUUAAGGUUCGGGCCUUCUUUUCAGGUUAAGAAUGAUGUAAUAUGGUUUAAAAAGUAUGAGUAUUUAUCAUACUAUUACACUUGAAAUAACUGUAGAGAGGCUGGCAAUAUUUUUGAAUGCAACAUAUGCUCGCUUUUGCAAAUGCGAAAAUCAUAAACACCAUCAAAUCAAAUGCGAAAAUUAUAAACACCAUCACUUUAUAACCAAUCAAAAUAAUUUUAACCUUGACUGAUUAGGCCUAAACCUUAUGUAAACCUUAUAUCUGGCCAGUAUCCUGGAUAGUAAAAUGCUCUAUCCGGUGCACCCCUGAAAAUAAGGGUAAGAGUUACUACCUACACAUUCUCAGAUCUACCAUGCCAUAUCUACUGUAACAGGGAGAUAUGAAGAGCUGAUUAUGCCAAAGAUGUAGAAAUAUGAACUAUCCACAGACUUGAUCACAUAAGUAUAUUAUUAUGGUGAUAAUUUAGUUAUUCGAAGCAUGACAAGCUGUUUAUCGUGCGUUGUUGUAGCGGAGCCAGGGUGUAGGAAACUGACGUGGGAAGAAAAAUGUCAUAAAUAAGUGCCUUCGAUUUUGAUGUGAAAAUGCUGAAAAUCUUUAUUACACUGGAGUCAUAUAUACUCGUUUACACAAUUUUCUUUUUCGAUUUUUCAGACGAGAAGAAACCUUCGUUGCAAGAGAUUGCGAGUGAACGAAGCAUCGCCCAAAGAGCUACAGGAUGGAAGAUACACCAUGUAGCAGCUCAGUUAGAUGAACUGGUAAGACAACUGACUGUAGUGUUUUCAUACAGAGUAUAUGAAAUAUCUUACAGGAAAACUACGUCAAGCGUUCCUAUUUUGAGUUCCUUACUUGAAAACUCCCUUGGAAAUCCCUUGAGCGAAUUUUAAAUUUUCCUCAAUUCCUGUUAGAAGUUCUUAACUUCCUGUUACAAGUUCUUUACUUCCUGUUCUGUUCUAUGCAUUGUAAUUGGCUAACAAAUCCACCAAUGGCAACGCUCAGAAGAGAACAGGAAGUCAGGAAAUCAAAACAAGAAGUUAGGAAAAUUUGAAAGGAAGUUUCUCUGCAUUGGAAUACCGCAACAGCCGAUAACAUUGGAAGUUCCCUCAAAGGAUUUGCAAGGGAGUUUUUCAAAUUUGCAAAGGUAAUGAGGAAAAUUGCAAUUAAGUUAGGAGUUCAAAAGAGGAACGCUUGACGUAGUUUUCCUGUAAUUUGAUAUUGCCAUUGCAAUUCUUUGUUCGUUUGACCUUGGAUAGCCAGCAUCCUCAUUGCAUUCCAUCGUUCCGCAAAAGGUUUGCCUUUAGAAAACAAUUAUAACCUUUAGAAAACCCGCCAAAACAUACCAAAUGACCAAACUGUUAUGUCACAAAUAAGCAAAGUGUGAAUAGUUACUUCACAAAAGAAACAGUAGAAAUAUGAACAAUUGGCCGCGUUGGACUCUCAUAUAUCCGCCAUGAAGUUGCCCUGAGCUGCAGCUGUCUUAGGAAUUUUUUUACGCCAAAAACUGUGUGGCUGUUCGGCAUUUCUAAAGGUUUGGCGAAAGGUGUCAGAAUGCAAUCAGGCCCAACAUCAAUAGUUCAAGUUGGCAUGUAACUUAGCUUACUACGCAGUGCUCUUGUCAAUGAUUCUCCAAGUAUAAGAGAAUGGACUGUUAUAUUGUAUUGUAAUUUACCUUUAGAAAAGCUGUGAGGAAGAAGUCUUGUUGAAAAUGCAUGAAUUUCGAGAGCGCUUGCCAAAGUAUAAACCAGAUCAUAAGAGAUAUGAUGAGUUGGUCAUGCUUCAUGAACUACUUCAGGUACGCAUGCCCAGUCAUUAAAGUAAUCUGUUUUUUUCCUCAUAUUAUUCAGUACUCUAUAGCGGCAUGGGAUAAUAAUCCUUACUUGCAGCUGAAAGCGAAGCCGAAUUAAAAAAGACGCAGCUCAAACCUGAACGAGUUGAAGGUUUUCUAAGAGCGCCUCUGGCAGCCACCUUAUGACUCCUGUCUGAUGACGGAGCAAGGGUCAGUUUGGGACUUGUCCCAACCCACCCUGUCAACAAUCCCUUUGGGAGUACCCAAAAAAAACCCCACGAUUUUCUGUAGAGCGUUUCGCAGCGGGAUUGAAGUCAGGUGAAAAACGCUUGCUCUAACAAUUGCGCCAAUCAAUCGAUAUUUAACCAUUUAUGCAUGAUUACGAUACAUGUGAUUGGUUGCAUGUAAAGAUAUCCAGUUUAAGAGAAUGUAAUACUAUAUAGUACAAGGGGACGUGCAUAUUCGUAAUAAUUUUAAAAUCUUUUUUAGAACAUUGUUUUUGUAGAUUAUCCUAACUAUAUCUAUUUGCGAUUAAUCAUGAAUUAUUUCGCAGAUUGGGGUAUGCUCAUGCAUAAUAUUUCUGUAUUAUAGGGGAACAUACAGAGAAGUCAACUUGUGAUUGAACAACUUGGUGAAACGAAAAAAACUACGGUAAAGGUACGAUUCCUUGUUUUGGAAAGUUAAUGACAGACUGAUAGUUGACUAGGGGAAUCCCAACUCUCAUACCAACUAUCAUCAACUUUGAGCUGGUCGCUACCUCUUUGCGAGACGAAAGAUACGAGAGGCGAGAAGGAAGAGCCACUGGUCAUAUCCCACUUCCACACUUGAUAGGUUCAGAAUUUGAAUCUCGCAUGUGAUUGGCCAUUUGUAAAAAUAUGUCAAACCGGUUUGGGAAAUAAACAUUACUGCAAGCUAAUUAUAGCUAUGUGGAAGUGGGAUUUGCAAUCGAAGGGACGAGAGGCUCUUCCUUCUCGCCUCUCGUUUCUUUCGCCUCGCAAAGAGCCUCUGGAACCAGGGUAGCUGGUCGCUUGCUCUAACAACUGCACCACCGAAGCCAUGUCUAAACUUCAUUAAAUAUUAUGAUCGUGGUUGCAUGUUUCACCUCAGCUAUGGCAGCUAUGAACUUUCCCUAUACACCCUUUCGAUAAUUACGUCACACAUACUUUUUGGUCCUGGAUCCUCGCUCUCAUCAGUAAAUUACGCAAGGUGAUUGGCUCACGAUGCACGAGAGCGAGGCUCCCAGGUCAACUGACGUAAUUAUCGAAAGGGUGUAUUGGACGCUUACUUCAUCAUACUUUGAAAUACAAUGAGCUCAAUCACCGUGGCUGUACACAAAUUAACCAUCAUAUCUUGAUAAACUAUGGUCCAAGGCUACAUAUAUUUUGAGUUUAUGCAUUAUUGUGACAUAUUGUUUCGUGUGUUUUCUGUAGAUCCUCGACCACCAGCAAGGUAUAAUGGAUAUCUUAAAGAAAAACAUUAAACGGCACGUAAAGAAAAAGAGCUAGAACACUUUUUACCAUGUUGUCUUGUUAUUGUACAUAGCUGACUCACCCAUGUUCAACCGUCCACAAAAUUUAACAAGCCAUUGAUCUUCAUACUAUGUGGAUAUCUGAUCUUGAGCAAAUAUUCUGGAAUACUUACCUGUUAUAACUCGAUUUCUCCUUGCACUACCGUAGACCAACCUGCCGAAUACUGUAACGUGUUAAAAGAUGUUCCUGUUCAGGGCUCGAAGUAGAGAAAAAAUAUGGCCUGCCAGUCUACCAUUUUUUUGGCAGGUGAAAUAAAUUUUUAUUCAUUGAACUGCCAAAAUAGCGAUGUCUCAUAUGAGUCAUAUUGUAAAAAUCAAUGUUUUCAUGAUAUGCAUUUUUAUUGUUUUUAAACUUGUCUAUAUUACUACAGUAAACUUGGAUUUACAUUUCAAAUAUAAACGUAUUUAGUCAACUAAAUGAUCUAGUACAGUAUAUAUGAGUUUUGGUAAGCAAAUGAAGUGAAAUAUAUCUAUGUAGAAUUUCACCUGCCAUUUGUUUUUACUUUGCCUGACAUUUCUAAAAUAUGACCCGUUAUUUCGAGCCCUGUUCCUGUUACUUAGGAAGAUUUCGUAUCGCCCAAGAAUUUUGUCCUGACUUUGAUGAAAACAAUAUUUUACAUCUAUUAAAAAAGCUAUAAUUGCUUGGUUUGAAUCAAACUAUAGGACUAUCCAUCCACGUAUUAUGAACAUCAUUGGAUAUUUUUAUCGAAUGUAAUCCGUAUUAUACUUUAUAAUAUAAAAUUAUCUGUACAUAAUUUCCGACUUAUACAUAACUCUAAUAUUGUGUGUCCAUGUAUUUUGACCAUGAAAUUAUUGCCUAUAAUUAAAGAACGUUGGAAAUAGAAAUUGUCUCUGGUGCCCAGUGGACAACGGAAAACUCGUAUUCCCCCUGAUGACAACCUCGUACUGAGACCUGAUGACAGCUUGUAAUCGAGCCAAGCAAAAACUGCGAAGUUACCAUAUCUUUGGUCAAGUCUUGAUUAUAG